AUGCCGAUUUUACCAUCGCCACCAGACACCAUACCAGGAAGUCGACGGGUUCCACUCGAAGUAGUAUAUCUGAUCAUGGAAUCCUUCAUUUCCCAAUUCAACACUGGGCGUUCAGAGACCUGUAACAGUGCCGCCAUACCAUUUUCUCGCCCAUCUUCAACGAAGGAACUCCUCCGGUUACGCUUGAUUUGCAAAUCUUGGGCUAAACUUAUUCCAAAGCUCGCAUUUCAUACAAUUCAUUUGCCUACACCAAGAAGUGUGGAAUCUAUAGUUAAAUACUGCAGAGAUUCACACCUGGAUUCGAUUUUAUCUCCGGUCAGGCGACUUUCCAUUGAAAAGAUAGUAUACUGGGAUCCUUUGGGUGUUGAAAACCCCGAUGAAGGAUUACCAGGUUUUCGACGGGAUCUAGAUGAACUUGAGAUAUUCAAUUUCACGUUUGUUCCGGUCUUGAUGCAUCAUGCGACAGAACUGAUUGAAACCAUAGGCCAAAACUUGACUGACUUGACCUUCAAGUUUACCAACUCGAUGGGUUUCUCACCAGAAUUGAUCGGAGCGAUAAAACAAAUCAAAUGUCUGAAGAAAUUGUAUAUUUCAAGAUUAGGGAACAUACCACCAGGAAGUAAUAAUGAUUCUAAAUCAUUAGUGGAGAUACUCAACACUACUCCGAGCUUGGAAUCUUUGACAAUUUACUUUGAUGAUCUAGAAAUUUUGCACUUAGAACCUCAAGCUUUACCAAGAUUGAGACACUUGUGGUUUGAUAUUCAAGAAGGUAACACAGAAGCAAUCUCUCAUCUAUGCAAAGCUACAAAAGAUAGUCUGAAAGCAAUUGAAUAUAUCACAUCAGAUGAUCAAGACGUGAGGAUAUUAAUCGAGCCCUUGAAGGACAAUCUAGAAUAUCUAUUUACAGAAAUGUUUUCUAAUCAUUUUUUAAAUGAUCUGUCAGAAAUCACGUUUCCAAAACUCCGUGUUACGCGUUGUUUCACAUGGUGGAUUGCAUUAGAUUUUGAGGACACGCCGACUCUCGCAUGGCUUCAACGGCCAAUCUUUAAAACCAUUCGAACUUUGGUAACGGACUUAAGAGGCGCAAAAGAGUAUUGGCAGACAGCUUUAGAAAAUCUUGGUGAUGAUGUUCUCACAAAACCACCAAAUUUAAAACAUUUCAUCUUUAUUGAUCGUUUGGGGGAUCAUAGCAUAUCUGAUGAACCACUGGUCAGAAGUUUCAAAUCUCAUGGGAUUCAGUGUCAUUUUGUGUCCAAUUUAACAUACGAAGAAAUCUUAGUACGAAUGGGACUUGAAGCUCAAUGGGCCCAUGAAAUGAGUACAUCAACCUGCUUAUGA